AUGGACCCUGUUGAAAACUGGAAGCUGGAUGAAACCAACUGGUUGUCUCAUGGUGGGAUCCAUUCCUUUGCCAGUGUGAAAGGAGAUAAUGAACUCUCCGAAGGUGCCUCAGCCCUGUUUGCUCUGGAUCAGCUGGGCUCUGCAUCUGUUUGUUACAAGCCUACUAGCCCAGUCCAGGUACUGGAAGACACUGGCUUUCUUUACCAGGAUCACCAGUUGUUUGCUGGCAGGCAUGAAGUGUCUCCGCUAACAGCUGAAGCAAUCAGUGCCAAAGAAAAAGCUGCCGAGGAGGCCCUCUGCACCCUGCGCCCACCCAGCUUCCGCCGGGUCCCAGAGGCGGAGAUGCGAGGGGCGGAGGAGGUGGCAGCCGGCACCGUUCUGCAGCGCCUGAUCCAGGAGCGGCUGAGGUAUGGCAACCCCAGCGAGAACAUGAACCUGCUGGCCAUACAGCACCAGGCGACGGGCAGCGCCGGCCCCUCCAACAGCACUGCCAGCACUCUCUCUUCCGCAGAAAACCUCGCGCCCGAAGAGCCGCCAAUGGUCCAGCCGUCGGGGCGGCAGGAACCGCAGGGGCAGGAGCACCAGGGGGACGGUGCUGCGAUGGAGAAGCAGCCCCGGGCCCUGCAGCCCCCGCACGGCACCGAGGAGCUCCCCACCUACGAGGAGGCCAAGGCCCAGUCUCAGUUUUUCCGAGGCCAGCCGCCGGCCACUGCCGCUGUGCCGGGCUUUUAUGGGGCAACUGGCCAGAAGUCCAGGACGGAGGGGAGGCCGACGGUGAAUCGGGCCAACAGCGGGCAGGCGCAUAAGGACGAGGCGCUGAAGGAGCUGAAGCAGGGCCACGUCCGCUCGCUGAGCGAGAGGAUCAUGCAGCUCUCGCUGGAGAGGAACGGGGCCAAGCAGCACCCCCCAGCCCCGGGGGGUGGGAAGGGCUUCAAGGCGACCCCGCCGCCUGGCAAGGCCGCAGACCCGCGGGGCCCGCCGCCCGAGUACCCCUACAAAGGCAAGGCGGCGGCCCCCAGCAGCAAGGCGCAGGAGCACGGGCUCUUCUAUGGCGAGCAGCCGGCGCAGGAUGUCCUCAAGGCCUCCUACACUGCCCCCCAGCCCGCCCGGGCGGAGGUGGCCCUCGUCCGCUACCAACCGCCGCCGGAGUAUGGGGUCAGCAGCCGACAAUGCCAGCCGCCCUUCCCACCGCCACCGGCCCAGCAGCACAGCCCCAUGUCCUCGCAGGCCACCACCGCCGCCGGUCCUCUGCUCCCAGGCACCUUGCCCCCGCUGCCGGCCCCUGCCGCUGCCCAGCCACCAACACUGACGCCGCCAGGCCAGCAGCUGACGCCCGACGCCUUCGCCAUCGUGGAGCGGGCGCAGCAGAUGGUGGAGAUGCUCUCCGAGGAGAACCACGUGCUGCGGCAGGAACUGGAAGGGUACUACGAGAAGGCAGACAAGCUGCAGAAGUUUGAAAUAGAGAUUCAGAGGAUUUCAGAAGCUUAUGAGGGCUUGGUCAAGACCACCACUAAGAGGGAGUCUCUGGACAAAGCGAUGAGAAACAAACUUGAAGGAGAAAUUAGGAGACUUCAUGACUUCAACAGGGAUCUCCGUGAACGACUGGAGACAGCCAACAGGCAGCUUGCCAGCAGAGACUUCGAUGGGCAUGAGGAUAAGUCAACAGAGGGCCUUUAUGUCACUCAGAACAAAGAGCACUUGAAGGAGAAGGAGAAGUUGGAGAUGGAGCUGGCAGCUGUGCGCUCUGCCAACGAGGACCAGCGGAGGCACAUUGAAAUCCUCGACCAGGCCCUAAACAACGCGCAAGCCAAGGUCAUCAAACUGGAAGAGGAGCUGCGCAGGAAGCAGGCCUACGUGGAGAAGGUGGAGAAGCUGCAGCAGGCGCUGACACAGCUGCAGGCAGCCUGUGAGAAGAGGGAGCAGAUGGAGCGGCGGCUGCGCACACGCCUGGAGCGGGAGCUGGACUCACUGCGGAUGCAGCAGAGGCAGGGCAGCUACCAGGCAAGCAGCCUCCCAGAGCACAAUGCCCCAGCCCUGAUGGAGCUGGUGCGGGAGAAGGAAGAGAGGAUCCUGGCCUUGGAAGCUGACAUGACCAAGUGGGAGCAGAAGUACCUGGAGGAGAGUACGAUCAGGCACUUCGCCAUGAAUGCCGCAGCCACAGCUGCAACGGAGAGGGACGCCUCGGCCCCGAGCCACUCACGCAAUGGCAGCUAUGGCGAGAGCGCACUGGAGAUGCGGGGCUGGCAGGAGGAGGAGGAGAUCUUGCAAGCCAACCGGCGCUGCCAGGACAUGGAGUACACAAUAAAGAAUCUCCAUGCAAAAAUAAUUGAGAAGGAUGCCAUGAUCAAGGUCCUUCAGCAACGGUCACGGAAGGACCCCGGGAAAGCUGACAGUGCCAGCCUGCGACCAGCUCGGUCCGUCCCCUCCAUCGCCGCAGCUACAGGCACACAUUCGCGCCAGACCUCGCUCACCAGCAGCCAGACAGCUGAGGAGAAGAAGGAAGAGAAGAUCUGGAAGGGAAGCAUAGGGCUGCUCUUGGGGAAGGAGCACCACGACCACCCAUCGGGAUCCUCGCUGCCUCCUCCACUGCCCUCCUUGUCCUGCAUGCCCAUCCCAGCACCAGUGGCCUCCCACACGAAGACGGGCAGCAAAGACAGCAGUACCCAGACGGACAAAAGCGCCGAGCUCUUCUGGCCCACGGCCGCCUCCUUCCCCGGCCGUGGACGGCUGGGUACCACUCCAUCGCACAGCCCGGCCCCACGACCCCCGGGGACACGAGUGGCCAGUGAGAAACUGGAGAACUCAAGCCAUGGGAAGCUGCCCGACAGCAAAGGCAGAGUGAGCAGCUUGCUCCACAAGCCUGAGUUUCCAGAUACGGACAUGAUGGAAGUCCUCAUCUGAGCAGAAGACAGAAUCUCUGGGGUUUUGUGUGCAUACAGCCAGGUCCAAGAUGGUCCUCGGUGUGCCAACCUUAAAAAGUAACCCUGAGAGUUUGAAGAAAGAUAGAGAAAGUUUGUGCCCGAAACAAAGCUUGAGUCUGGUAUGUUGAGACUUUGGACCAGGCGAGAAGUCAAGAGCACUGAAGAGGAGCAAUGAAAUGAACAUCUGGGAUUUUCUGAGCAGAAAGGGGCAUUGAAAACAGAAUGUGGCGUGAGAAGGGGAUCGUUGAGGGAAAAGGAAACUGCAUUUUCUGUUGUAAAGAGAAGGUAGUGAAGUUACAGACUGGGUGCAAACUGCCGCUCUGUUUUCCUGCCUCUCUGCAGCCAGGACAGGGAGUGAAAUCCCAGCUCUUUUGAAGCCAGAGGGAGUUUCUGAAUAACCCAGGAGAAACAUGCAUCUUCCUCAGUAUCAAUUCAUUUCUCAAAAGUAUUCACUGUGUAAUUUCGGUGAAUAAUUGGUCCGUAGAUGUACACGGCAGGUUGUUGUAAGCAUUUGUUUGAAGUGGUGUGGUGUGGUUUUCCUGGGCAGGCAGGUCAGGUGCCUCUUUCCUGGCUGGACAAGUGUUGUUCUUGGAGCUGGAUUUACAGUGCAAAUAUUCGUGUCUUGCAACCUCAGAGCUUGCUGAGACUUCUUUUUUUGGUAGGAGCAGUUGUUGGCUGGAAUUCCCCUGGAGGAUGAAAGUAGAGGGGGGGAGGAGGACCCUGCUGAAGCAAUCCCUUUUGGAAGGAUGGGAAGGUUUCAGGAGGAAAAGUCAGGGAGGACCCUGGCAGCUCACCAAAGGGUUGUGCAGUGCAGAAGCUCAUUCAGAGGGGCGUUGUGUGGGUGUGUUUCCAGUGGAGUUAAGCUAGGCUUGCAUGUGAGAUCGGAAGAUGCCUCUAACUGUGC